GUAAGAACAGAAGCUGGGAUUGGUUGAAUGAGACACCCUCGCUCUGCGGGUCUCAGCGUGGACAUUGAGUGAAGAUGGCGACCUGGUGUGUGCGUGCGAUCAGACAGAGCUCUUCUAUCUUAGCGUCUCCUUCACUUGUAAGGGUGACGCCACGUCUCCUUUGCACAGCAGCCCAACAGAAAAGCUCAGGGACUGGGACUGAAGAAGAGAAUGGGACUCAGAAACCAGAGGCCAGUGCAGCUGAUAAAGCUUUCAUGGAAGAAAAGACACAACUGGAAGAACAGCUAAAAGAUGUUACGGAUAAAUACAAGCGGGCACUAGCAGACACUGAGAACCUUAGGCAAAGAAGUCAAAAGAUGAUUGAUGAUGCUAAGCUUUAUGGAAUCCAGGGCUUCUGUAAAGAUCUUUUGGAGGUGGCUGACAUCUUGGAGAAGGCAACAGAAAGCGUACCAAAAACUGAAAUAUCUUCUGCAAAUCCACAUUUGAAAAAUCUCUACGACGGCCUUGUAAUGACUGAGGUGCAAAUCCAAAAGGUCUUCCAGAAACAUGGCCUUGUUAAGCUUAACCCUGAUGGUCAGAAAUUUGACCCUUAUGAGCAUGAGGCUGUCUUUCAUGCACCUAUAGAGGGCAAGGAGCCUGGUACCAUAGCUGUAGUUACCAAAGUAGGCUACAAGCUGCAUGGUCGCACCCUCCGGCCAGCUCUGGUGGGUGUAGUCAAAGCCCCCUAACUGGUCAUACACACUAUGAUGGGUUAUUGCCUGGUCAAGUGAUCGGUUUCUGUAAUUUAGCUGGUCUUAGGUUCCGCAGAUUUGUUUUUUUGUUAAAGAUGCCUCUAAGAGGUAAAAUCCAACAUAUUGACAACUGAAGAAUAAUGCCAGACUAAUCUUUGUGAUUAAUAAUGAUUAUCAAUAAAAAAAAAACAGUUCUUGGGUAUAUUAUAAGAGCUGAGUAUGUGUGUGGUAGAAGAUUCACAGAAUCUUUGAUUGGUGGCAUCAGUAUUCUCCGGAGGAUCAGUACCAUUCCAGGGACUUCUGAGAUCUAAAGAAACUAAAGCUUUUGAAGAAUCUAAAGCUUUUAAAGAAACACUGCAGCAUAUUAUUUUCCUUAUUAUACUUAUUUGCUAUUAUACAAAUUCUUUGCUCAAGAAUGUUACCAGUUUGGUGAUGUCUACGACAGCAGUUGUUAGAUUCCACUUUUUUUUUUUUUUUUUUUUUUUUGUCAGUGUUAUGCAGGUUUUUGAAUUUAUUUGUACAAGAGAAUAAUUAGUCUUCUUUACAGAACUUGGAGUAACAUUUUAUCCAAAAAUAAAAUGUAUAAUUUUACAAUAAUUUGCCUGCUGGCAGUUGUACUUAACUUUCACCUUUAGUUUCAUAGUGUGCAAACUAAUGAAAUAUCACACUUCAGUCCACAAAUUCUACUAACUACUGAUGUUUUGUGACGAUCUGGGGCAGGGGUGGCGAACUCCGGUUCUGGAGAGCCGGAGAGCCACAGCCCUGCAGAGUUCAGCUCCAACCCUAAAUAAAACUCACCUGCCUGUAGCUUUCUAGUAACCCUUCAGACCUUGAUUAGCUUGUUCAGGUGCAUUUGAUUAUGGUUGAAGCAAAACUCUGCAGGGCUGCGGCUCUACAGGACUGGAGUUCGCCCACCCCUGAUCUGGGGGAAAGAAGGAUGGCCUCUUAAGGCCACUUGAAAGAUCAGUCAUUAGAAAUUGCAGUUGUAAUAUGAAUGGAAUGAUGCAGAGUUACUGGAAAAAAUUUGAAUGUCAGAUUUAAAAGGGUAUUGGAUUCAAAUUGUCCAUCUAUGUGAACAGGCUGGCAACUGUCAAAUAAAGCAUGUACCUCUUUUCAGAUCUAGUCAUUA